AGCACAGCUGCAACACAUUUAAGGAUUGUUUAACGGGACAGCGCGUGGUCUCUCGACAUGCAGCCUGAUACCCAUCUCUCCCUCCUCGUAACGCUGCUGCUGCUUCUUCAAGUUCAGCAGUGCUCCUCAGUGCAGGAGAUCCACACAAGCCAUGACAACAUCCAAAAGAUCGACUCGGCAGGAGAAAUGAUGCAGUGCUCAGCAGCCAUCGAUAUCCUCUUCCUCAUGGAUGGUUCCUACAGUGUGGGGAAGGGCAGCUUUGAGAGGUCCAAACACUACGCAAUCAAGCUCUGUCAAGCACUAGACAUUGGACCAGACAAGGUGCGAGUCGGCUUGAUUCAGUUUGGUUCCUCUCCUCGGCUGGAGUUCGCCCUGGACUCAUACACCUCGAAGCAAGAGCUGAAGAAGCACAUAAAGAAGAUUUCUCACAGGGGAGGCAGCACCCAGACAGGCCUCGCUCUCAAGUACGUGCUGAGGAAGGGUUUCCCGGGCGGUCGUAACUCCUCCACCGCGGCCCAGAUCGCCAUCCUCUUGACAGACGGGAGGUCUCAGGGCAACACGGUGCAGGCGGCUGCACAGCUCAAGGAGACGGGCGUGGUCUUGUUUGCCGUGGGCAUCCGCUACCCAAAGUGGGAAGAGCUGCAUGCUUUGGCCAGUGAGCCGAUGGAGAGCCACGUGUUCUUCGCCGAGCAUUUCUACGACGCCGUCAAUGGCCUCUACACCACACUGGCCACCUUCUCGGUCUGCAACGCCACGCCCGCAGGCUGUCAGGUGGAGUUGUUCCCCUGUGAGAGGAAAACACUGGAGACUGUGAAAGAGAUGCAGGGGAAUUACAUGUGUUGGAAAGGCUCCAAGGGGUAUUCCCCAUACACGUCUCUCUGUCCAUACUACAGGUACAACAAGGUUUACAAGAGACUCCAGACAGUCUGCCAUCGUACUAUCUGUCCAGAUCCCUGUGACUCUCGCCCCUGUCUGAAUGGUGGAACAUGUGUGUCAGACGGUCCAGAGGGAUACCACUGCGUAUGUCCACCUGGCUAUGGAGGAGACCCACACUGUGCUCCUGCAUUGUCCCUGGACUGCGCCGUAGACCUGCUGUUCCUGAUGGAGGGCUCUGCCACGCUCACCCUGGAAGGCUUUCUCCGCCUCAAGUCCUUCUUAAAGCGCUUCCUGCGCACUGUGAUCGGCUCUGACAGCCCCAGUAAAGUGGGCCUGGCGGUGUUUGGUGAAAAGACCAGAGUCGAGGUCCCGGUGGACAAGUUCAAAGGGGACCUGAAAGGUUUGCUCAAGGCUGUGGAGGCACUUGAACCAAUCGGUGGCAAGACCCUGACCGGCCAGGCUCUUCACUACGUCACACGUCACGGCUUUGUGAGCGCGCCGGUCUUUGCUGACGUCGCGGACGACCUGCCCCGCGUGGUGGUGCUGCUCACUGCCACUCCUGCUGUCGACGAGGUGGUGGAGCCCUCUAAAUAUGCACGAGACAGAGAGAUCUUCCUGGUAGGGGUGGGGCCACAUCACCUCAUGGGACAACUGAAUAAUAUCACAGGAAAUCCCCAGAGGACUAUCACCUACACGCCACCUGAGUUCAGUGCCAAGAUCCCAGAGCUCAAGGCUAAGAUCUGCAGUGUGGAUACACAAGGUUGUCUCGGCCAAGCAAUAGACCUCGUGUUGGCCCUGGAUGCCUCAGGCGGCGUCAGCCCUCAUAACUUUGCCAUCCUACGCGACUUUGUUCGCAGCCUCACCGUCCAGUUCGACAUCAACCGAGACGUGGCUCAAGUGGCCCUCGUGGCCUACAACCGGAGAGCCACCACUGUCUUCAACCUCGACACGCAUGAGACCGGUUCCACCGUCCUCAAGGCCGUGGAUGACGCCAACUACCUGGGCGGAGUGGCUUCAACGGGCGCGGCUCUCCUUCACAUCCACUCCGACGUCCUGACGGUGGCGAAAGGCGCGCGGCCCGGAGUCAACAAGGCCGUGGUGGUGGUGACAGACGGUUCAGGCGGGGACGACGCCGUCGUUCCCGCUCAGAAGAUAAGAGAUAAUGGAGUGUCGCUGUUUGUGAUUGGAAUCGGGGAUAUACAGAAAGAGUGGCUGCUGCAGAUUUCGGGCUCAGAGGAACACAUGAUUGCGGUGCCGUCGUAUGAGGAUCUCAAGUAUUCUGAGGACGUGCUGGUGCAGAUGCUGUGUUCAGACGUUAAAAAGCCAGUAAACCUGUGCAAGCCCAACCCAUGUAUGAAUGGUGGAACCUGCAUUCUGUCUGGAGGGAGCUUCCGCUGUCAGUGCCACGGCUAUGAAGGACCACACUGUGAAACAAGAAGCAGCAGGCCUUCGUCCAGAGGAGAUCUCCCGAGACCUGCUGGUCUCAGGAAGAAGAGCCGGCAGAAGAAGAGUCACCAGGAGCUCCUGCAUCACUACAAACUGCACCGGAGACAUGCAGCCUGAUAAACACACAUCCUAUUCACAGAAACAAGUCACCUGUGGACGCCUAAGGACCAAGGAUGUGUGUGGGUUCACAAUGGAGUAAAGGGAAAACUCAUUAGACUGUUUCAAUAUUUACACUUACUUGCACUCAAACUUAAACAAGUGCCUUCACACUGUUUGUAUUUCUACUGCAGUGUCUGUUUGUGUCCUAGUUUAUCACUGUACUCACUGUUCUGUUGUCUAUUCAAAGAUGUAAACUUUUAUACUAUGUUAUAUUAUACUGUAUAUCUGUGUCGUGAUUUUAUUAUUUUCAUUGAAUAUUCACCACAAUCUUCUUAGUCGUAAACAAAAUACCAAAUGCUAUUUAUGUUUCAAUAUACCUUUUUUACAAUAGGCCUCCUUUAAAUUCACUCAACUGC